CCCGCCUAAGCUGGUAACCCGACCUGCCUUUGUUCCUUCGCCCCGAAAGGCUUCAAUCAUCGUCAUCCGUUCAGUAGCUUGGUUCAGGUGCCUUGCGGCUGGUCAAGCUGGCAGCUCGAGCUGCAAGACUCGACUCCUCAAUCGACAUGCCUCCCAAGUUGAACCACACGUCUAACCAUCACGCGUCUGAUCCGGACAACGAAGUCGUCUGUCCGAUCAAGUCUGCGGAUGGCAGCAACUGUCGCAAGAAAUGCUUGGGCGAGAAGCGAUUCCGCUCUAUGCAGGAGCAUAUCCGGCGAGCGCAUCCGGAAUACUAUAUUCCCAAGUUGCCGGCAACAAAGGAGAGCUUUGAGUUGAUGGUCAACUCACCGCCGUCGGAGCGGCCACCACGAGUGGAGCUAUGGUCGCCGACGUCUGCCCCACGCCAACCACGAUCACAACCUGCAGAUCGCCACCACAACAAUGACCAGUAUGCAGUUGGAGGACCCUCUGCAGGCGGGCUGGGCCCUGUUCAGAUAGCCCCCGACGGCUACGGAUUGCCCGCGGAAUACCGAAGGGGCUCCCUUAUCCCAGCUGCGAGCGCGGCUGCUGCCCUGGCACAGCUGCACUAUGCUCGACCAGACGGAGAAUGGGACAAUGAUCAAGUAGGCCCUGACUGCGCUGAUGACGCUGCUCCGAGCGCUAAGUACAUGCGUCAGAACUAUUUCAACGACCAUGUGACCGACGCAAAGAGAGCUCACAUGGUAGAUCCCACCCUCUCGGCUGGACAGCAGUUCCUCGAUAGCCAGUACCAAGAAGACCAGAAUCCGUCUGGCAUCAUGUCGGCGUCGUUGCUCAAAUCACCCGCGAGCCGCCAGAACACGCUUCCUCCCAUGCAGCGCUCCAUCUCCCAUAGCUCGCGUCCUCGUAAGAACUCGCUGACACAGAGCGCCCGUAAAGCAAAACACGAAAGAGACAAGAUCAAGAGCGAGAACCGCAAGGCCCUCAGUGCCGAACCCAACAUGUACGGCAAGAGAUGGGAAGACUUGAUAGACGCUGCGACGUCGGCCACGGAAGAGGAUAGAGACCUCACUCCUUUACCCGUCUCGCCAUACAAAUCACCACAAGUGGGAGCACGUACCCCGUUAGCUCCCUUCGCUCUUGGCUCUCAGUUCCAAUCAUAUACCGCCUCCCCUCUACAACAAACCCUCACACCUCCUCCAGCCGACGCAGAUGGACCUCCUCUAGACAUGGGGCCGUUCCCGUCUGUCGAGGACAACGCCGUCUCAUCAUCCAUCGACUCAAAUCAAUCAGGGAAUAACUUUCACAUCAUGCCAUCACAGGCCCUCUCGUCGGACUCAUCACCAAUGUUCUCGAAUCCGGUCCAAAUAUACUGUGCAGGCUGCAGAAGGCUCAGCAUCCUCAAGGAAUGCUUCGCUUGCACAGAGUGCAUCUGUGGUCUCUGUGGAGGCUGUGUGGAUGCACUAAUGGCAGAACAGUCUCGCGGUCGGAUAGCGCAAUGCCCACGAUGCCGCACUAUGAGUGGACGAUUCAAACAGUUCCAGCUCGACAUUCGCUGAGAACUGUCUCACACCUUCACCCUCUGAUUCUUCAUCUCGACUUGUUUAAUAGCACAACUUCAUCAUUCUCUUCUUGUUGGCUGGGCUGUCUAUUUUGGAAUCUGUUUGGCGCUGGUAGGCGUUUCAUCUGGAGGUUAUGGAUGCCUUCUUUCUUUUGGGGCACUAGGAAUGGGAUAGACUGGUAUGGAACACAUCGGGGCUGCAACGAGCAAUUAGGAAACAAUCAUCUUUGGGAACCCGGUCAAUUUCAAUUUCACAGCAACAGAUUGUCUGUUCCUUCCUUUUUCACUUGUUCAACUGCUUAGCGCUGCAAUAAGACUGGUCGGCUGUGUUUUUUCUACCAUCUUCCUCACUUGCUGAUUUGUCUCACUUUCGAGCAGUUCCACUCAGUGUCGACCUCAACUCCAUGCUCGCGCAUCAACCAUCCACUUUGCUUCUUACACCAACACACAGGGGGAAGAAGCGGUCGAUCCCCACCU